AUGGGUUUCAUUCAGACUGCCGCCAUCGCCAGCGUUCUCCUCGGAGCCGCCACGGCCACUCCUCACUACGCUCCUCCCUCCAACGAGACCAUCCACUACACCACCGAGGUCGUCACUCACCUGACCACCUACUGCCCUGGUGCCACCACCCUGACCUACGGCGACAAGACCUACACUGUCACCAAGGCCACCACCCUCACCAUUGAGGACUGCUCUUGCACCAUCACCAAGCCCGUUGCUACUGCCACCGGCACUGGUUAUGCUCCUCCCCCCAAGCCCACCCACGGUGGUGAGUGCGUUGACAUCUGCAACGACAAGUACGAUGACUGCCGUGUCGCCCCUGGUGCCAACAUGGCCACCUGCGCUGCUGAGUACGCUGGCUGCCUCAACUACAACCCUUGGGAGAGCGGCAAGUUCGUCCAGCCCACUGCUUGCAAGGCUGGCCACGGUGCCAAGUCCACCGGUGUUCCUUGCACCACCGAGACUGUCACUGCUGUGACCACCUUCUGCCCCGAGAAGACCACCCUCACCUACGGCAACCAGACCAUCCCCGUCACCAAGCCCGGCACCGUCACCGUCACCGGUAUCCACCACGUCACCACCGUCCCCGUCAAGCCUACCGGCUACGCUCCUCCCGCCACUCCUUCCACUCCUGCUGAGUCCAAGGACUGCGCCGAGAUGUGCACUGAUAAGUACAACAAGUGCCGUGUCGCCCCUGAUGCCAACCGUGCCUUCUGCGCUGCCAGCUACUCUGAGUGCCUCGGUUACUCUCCCUUCAACUCUGAAGGUUCUCUCGUCACCCCCACUGCUUGCCACGCCGCCCCCGCUGGUCCUACCGGUACCGGUGCCGCUCCCCCCGUUGUCCCCACCAACCCUGCCGGCACUACUGGCACUGGUUAUGCUCCUCCUGCCUCUACUCCUACUGCCGUCACUGCUGGUGCCGCCCAGGUCAUCCCUGCCGGUAUCCUCGCCGUUCUCGGUGCUGUUGCCCUUCUGUAA